CUUUGAUGCUGACGGACUUUUACAGAAAAUGAAUGCCUUAAAAUAUAAAAUUUAAACACCUUUUUAUCUUAAUUAAAAUCAUAGUCAUAUAACGGUUAUUUGUCACAACAUGUAGGCAUAGACUGUAUAAAAAUGUAGGCUGGUGAAAAAAAAAAAAAGGUAACAAACAAAAAGGAAAAAACAAAAUAGAAAAUAAUUAUAUAGAAAACAGAAUAUUUUCCAAAACGAAGCAGUUAUAAUUUCAGUUUCGGGUAAAUUAAACAAUGAAACAAUGAAGCAGUAAAUACAUAAAGGAAUAUAUCAUAUAAAAGAUAUUUGCACUGUGCACAAUUUAUUAUAGCGUAUAAUGACCGUUAAAGUCUAUCAAUUAUACGCAAUUUGACUAUUUCGACAGUAGAUUCACUAACAUAGGCUAAUAUGUUGAUGAAAUGACUACUAAAAUAUAGGAUAAUAUUCAUAUAUUUUAUUUCCGUAGUCAUACAUCUCGACCAUGUAACUUGUUGUUUCGUGUUGUACGUAGCGCCGCUGAACGCACCUCUAGUAACCAAGGCAAUGACGCUAUUCUCCGUUACCAAGGCAUUCUCAAGGCAAACACUAGCCGGAGAGCUAGGCUAGCAAAUCUGUCAGAUAAUCUUACAGCUAUGAUAUAACCCUCCUUUAGCCUCUUCACCGACUUAAAGUAUAAGUACAAAACAGUUUACUAAAACGCUCGUCUCUAGCAUUCUACCAUUAGCUUCUAGUCUGUUCGCUGCGUGGCCUAAAUUAGAGGCUGAAACACCCAUUUUUCCUUUGAAUCAUCUCAGUCUACAAGCUAGCUAACUUAGUAACGUUAACGUUAGCUGCACAGCCACCAUGGCUGAAUUUGGAUUUAAUGAACACCAUCAGAAUGAAGUCAUCAAUUACAUGCGGUUUGCACGAUCAAAGAGGGUCCUGAGACUAAAGACUAUUGAUUCCUGCUUUGAAGAGCUCAAAGACAGCAGGCUGGUGGAGGAAACCUUCACAGUGGACGAGGUAAAGGAGAUGCUGGAUGGGCUGCAGGCGGUGGUGCGUGGGGAGGUGGAGAUGGAGCUCAUCAAUACAGCCCACACUAAUGUGCUGCUGCUCAGGCAGCUCUUCUCACAGGCAGAGAAGUUUUACCUGCGACUGCAGAGUGAUAUCUCAGAGCUGGAGAACAGGGAGCUGUUAGAGCAAGUGGCUGAAUUUGAGAAGACAGACUUUAAAACCACUGAUAAGAUAAACCAGGAAACAAGCAAACCCAAGCUAGCACCACUGAAUGAAGGUGGAGUGUCUGAACUUCUUAACAAGGAGAUAGCAAGACUACAGGAGGAGAAUGAUAAACUGAAAGCCAGGCUGCGGACUUUAGAAGCCCAGGCAAUGAGUGCCCUGGACGAGAGAACCAAGGCAGAGAGAGCUCUGAAAGACCUUCAGAAGGUGCAAGGUGAACAGCAGUUUGCUGCGCAAUCCAAGGAGAUCAGCAGUCUCGAGGACACGGUGGCAGCUCUGAGGGAGGACUAUGAGAGGUCUCUUAGUGCCAACACUGCCUCCCAGAAGGAUCUGCAGGAGAACCUGAUCUCUGCCAAACAUGAACUUCUGCGAGUGCAGGAGCAGCUCUCCUUGGCAGAGAAGGAGUUGGACAAGAAGUUCCAGCAAACUGCGGCCUACCGCAACAUGAAGGAGAUCCUGACCAAGAAAAAUGAGCAGAUCAAAGAAAUUAGGAAACGAUUGCAGAGAUAUGAGCCCAAUGAAUGAGUUGUACCAAAGACAGCUGGUUAAACAGGUGUCCAGAGCGUGAGACAGGACCAAAAUUUAUGACUGUGGUUUGGACAAGAAACCAUCAGUUCCACUGCUGUGAGACGAGAGAGACAGAAACAAAGCACCUCCACGAGGAAUUGUUUAUUCAUGCUUUAUCUGGCAUCUUCAGUAGUUAUUGGCUUUAGUAAAGAGUGUGUGUGUGUGUGUGUGUGUGUGUGUGUGUGUGUGGGUGUGGGGGGAGGUCGCAAGUACACACAUCUGAUCACACUAAUGAGGUAGUGAUAAAUGAUAGCCUUCUUCAGCUGUGCUUCUUUUCUACGUCUCAGUUUUGGAGCUCACUUACAGUAGCUAGCAGACUUCCCUCAGUGCUCUAUGCAAUUACUGUCACGUCCCUGUCUGAAGAGGCCUUGUCCGUUUGCUGAUUUGGACAGAUACACACUGUCUGCCUGAAGAGUUGGAGUCUUAUCUAUCAGAUGGUUAUAGGUGAUGUUUAGCUCUCUAGCACUGGGUAAUUGAUAUUAUUUUAGCAGCCCCCCUUUUUUAGUUAAAAUGCAAACAUUGUUGAGCUAGACCCCAACAAACCUUUUGUUUAAUAACCAGCAGCUUCAAAAUAACGUUUCCUGACCGUCUGAGGUCAACCCCGCUUUAAUUUGUUACCUAAAGAUUUAAUUGCAUUCCACAUAAAAUAUUUCCAUUGAUCUGACAUUCUGUGAAAGUCUGAUCAUCGAAAAUAUACCAAAACGUUCUCGCAUUUAUUUUUUCUGCUCUCGCAUAUUGAAUGACGUGGAUCACGGUCUAGAAUGAUCUCCCUACUUCCCCAAACAAAGGGCAUAGAAUAUUUUUGUCUGGAAUCUUUAACUGUGUACUUUUCGUAUUGAUGUGGGUGAUGGAGUGUGAGGUUUAAAAAAAAAUGAAUAUAUACAUGAUGUUCAUGAAGCAAUGCUCUUGUAGAGUAUGAUACAUCUACCCUAUAUUACACUAGAUGUGCAUUUGUUUGUAUUGUGCAAAGUAUGGGGUAAUAAAAGCUGUUAAC